GUGACGUCAGAGCAGCGCAAUAUUUCGAACACUGGUCCGUUGAUGGCUGCUGUUGCUGCCUCUCACACUCCACACAUAAUCAUGUUUUUUAUCUCAACCAUCACUUUAUAAGCUUACUCCAUCACACUACAUAAUGGAACAUAAUAUAAACGAGGCCACAACAUAGCUUCCCAAGCCGAACAAAUAACCUUUAAUACUUGCAAGAAAGUGAUCAACCUAUGAGUCUACGUACACUUCUGAUGAAUCAUGAAUUGUACUCUGCUGUAAAAUUCACAUGAAAUAACUUGGACAAAAAUAAGAUCAUCUUCCCCCACAAGUCGCUAGAGACAGUGACUGUAAGAUAGGUAAAGAUGGAGGUCAGUGUAAUUUGUGCUUCUGCUUCUGCCAAGGACAAACACAAAGGUCUACAUCCGGCAUCCAGAAACCAUAACUCUACUAACGACUCUGGCUAUUGUUCUGACAUACUUGCAUCACCAGAAUGCACUUCUGGUUCACGUAUACCUCAAGUUGUGGAAGCAAAAGAAGUCGCAUGUCUCACCCCUGUUAUCCUUGAAAGAAGAACUGGAAGAUUGACAAGCACUCCCCAGAGCCCCAGUAGCCCUGACAUUGGCUUGGUAUUAAGUCCUCCAUUACCAGAGAUUGAGGAUGUUGAAGGUAUAUCCAGGUGUAGGCAGAUGUCUGCUGGUGAUUCUGCUAUGUAUAUUACCACGCCUAUUGAGAUAUGCGAGUUGGAAAUGACUUGCGAUAAGGAUUCAGACAAGGUAGAAAAUUUGCUUCCAAUAAAUGAGCAAUCAAAACUGGUCUCCAAAGAAACAAAGUCUACAAGCAGCAAACGUGCUGCCAGCAAAAAAAUAUCAUUAAGGCUUAUUCGAAAAUGUAAGAAACCCUCCAAUGUACUUAUUCGUAUGCUGAAAGAAGCAGAUUAUCUGGUAUACAAAGUCUUGAAAUACAUGUCUGGAGAAGAUUUAUUACACCUUAGUCAUGUAAACAAGCAGCUGCGAGACACGAUUCUUCAGGAUAAAGGACUUGAUAGAAGAAGAAUGGCUUUUAUUAAUGGAAGAAGAAAGGAUCUGGAACAUGUGGGAAAGGAAAAUUUUAAAUUGAAGAAUUGUGAACAAGCUGGGACAUCAUUUGGAACACUCUCUCCACGUAAAGAAUUAUCUGCUAUCCAUAACAUUUGUGCACCCAGUCCCAAGAAGGCCUCGCCCUCCUUCACCAUUAAAUCUCUUACACUUUCUGAAAGAUUUAUUGAGGAAGGCCAGAGACUACCUCAAGGAGAAGAACUACAAAAGUGUGUGAAAUGUAAAGCACCUGCUAAAGUGCUUAAACCUCACCAAAGGGCAGUGUGCUCCCGGAAGACAUGUGGUUAUGACUAUUGUACACGUUGCCAUCUCAGUUAUCACCUCAAACCCCAAGACUGUUCUGUACUUAAACCACGCACAAGACAGGGUAGUGGAAUAUUCUCAAAUAAGUGUAAGAGAAGUUUACGAAGAUUAUGACUGUUAGUUGUAGAAGGUUUUAUUUUGGCCAAGUACCAUUUUGUGUAUGUACAGUAUAUCUAAGUUAACAUUAGGGAAAUAGGCAUAUAAUUUGAAUGAAUGUGUAAAUAGUUUUAUUUCAUGAAUGCUUAUUGUAUAUACUGAUGUACUAGGUUUAUAAAUAUUCUUGCAUUUUGUGGUAGAGUAUGUGUUAUAUUUGUACAUUUAUGUUUGUAUACGAGGAGCAGACUUCAUGUAUGUUUGCCUUAUUUAUGAAUGAAAUAUUUUACUGCCAUUGAACAAAUAUAUAUUUCCUUUCCUCUUCAGCCUAGGAAUAUUUAUAUACGGUACUAUAUCAAAUCAGUUACUCGAGUGACACUUUUUUGUAACAGAAGCAAACCUUUAAAUUUCUAGGUCAUAUAUAUAUUCAUAUUAAUGAAAACAAUUUACAUAAAUCCCAUUGAAGAGAAAAAAAGGAAGUAUCACAAAUCUUCAAAUUUGUUUUUCUGUUGAAAAUACAGUGGACCCCCGGUUAACAAUAUUUUUUCACUCCAUAAGUAUGUUCAGGUGCCAGUACUGACCGAAUUUGUUCCCAUAAGGAAUAUUGUGAAGUAGAUUAGUCCAUUUCAGACCCCCAAACAUACACGUACAAACGCACUUACAUAAAUACACUUACAUAAUUGGUCGCAUUCGGAGGUGAUCGUUAUGCGGGGGUCCACUGUAGUAAUAAACUUUCAGUUCACUUAGAGUAUAUUUUUCAAGAGAUAUACAACUUUUUCAAUACAUACCAGACACCAUUCCUAUUUUUGUUACUAAUCCAUAUUAUUCAUGUACAAAAAAAAUCAUCAUAGACACAGUAAAAAGAGUAAUUUUGUUAUGGUAUAAGUUUGAAAAAUAUAAAAAAGGGAAGGAAAUGCUUACCUAAUCAUACAUUGUCAUUCAGUGGUUGCUUCAGAAGUAAUAGUCAGUUCAAUCAUUUUUCUUGCAUAAACCUGUCUGUCUGCAUGAGUAAAACUUUUCUUUUUGUGUGUGUGUGUGUGUGUGUGGAGUAAACUUUUUAAAUAUCAGAAGAUACUGUUAAUUACAAAAUAUUCAUGAUUCACAUGUGCAACAGUCUUAUUAAUGACAUUUUAUACCCAUGGUGAUUUUUGUCAGUACAAGUCAUGCUUUAUGUAUGAAGUUAUACUGUACUGACUAAUGAUGACUUGAUGUUUUUAUAUAUGUUUUUUUUUUUUUUUCCCUCAAAUAUUUUAAUUUUUCAGUAGAAUUUAGAAAUUAAAAUGAGGUACAGGUUUUUUGUUUUUAUGCACUUUUACAGGAGUGAAUGUUGCAAAACAUCAUGCUUGUUUAUGGUGUGUGUGUGUGUGUGUGUGAGAGAGAGAGAGAAAUGAUAUUGUGGGAGGGGGGGGACAGGGGACAGAAUCCCGUCUCGUCCUUUUUUUUUUUCCAUUCCAGUUAUAACGUGUUAAGAAUACUAAAUCGCAUUAUUCUUAGAAUUUGUUGCCAAUUCAGUUUAUAAAACAGCUUGGCUAAGGAUUUUAAUUUGUGACACAAGCAAAGGUAAUAAAGACAAUAGAUUUGUAGGCAUCCUGAGGUAGUACAAGAUAACUAAUAUCUUUAUAACUUUUUUGAUAUAUAGAAUCUUAUGUUUAAUAGUUUAAGUGCAUUUUUCUGCUUGUGAAGUAACACUAUUACUAUGCACAUGAAUGGCUAUGAGCUCACAAAUGGUGAAAAUGAUGACACUUCAGCAAAGAACAUUCUUAUUAAUAUGAAUUUUCACCCACUGGCUUUUAUCAAGUAUGUGCAGAAAAACAUAAAACAGUGGUAUGUAAAGUUUAUGGACAGGUGAAGUGGUGCUGUGUCAGAUCAGGCUCCACUAAGAGAAAAUUGGUACCAUUAUAAGGUGAGAUUAAGGGAUGCUGGGUGGAGGCGAGGUCAGAGUCGAGUCAUGGAUUUAAGUGGAUCAUGGCAAACUCAAUACACAGCUUCAAGAAUAUUUGAUAAGGCACAGUAGGCUAGAAAUCACCCCAAUAAGACCACAGGCACAGCCAGUCUAUAUUGGGUGUGAUAACUUUCAUGUAGGUGAGACAGCAAGAGAUCUAGGUACUAACUUCAAGCACACAAACAUGCAUGCAAAAUAGAUAACACAUAAUGUGUGCAUGAUACAUUGCAGCACACAUUCACACAUGGACUGGAAGCAAGCAUAUCUGUAUACAGUAAAACAACAGUAUUAACAGCAGGUGUUCUGAGGCUGUGACCAUCCAUAAAGCAAAAUAGGGGGAUGUACAUUUUCUUAAUGACAUUAGCACCUCGCCUCCCUACGUUCUUUUUGUGUUGAAUAUAUUUGAUAAAGCUCCCAAUGAGUGAAAUGUACAGUACAGUAAACCUUAAUAAGGAGGAGGAGAGAGUGGCUAGUAAUGACACUUGUGAUGGUUAGAAGAGAUUGUUUUACUUUGAUAGUAACAAUAAUGGACAAUUCUGUAACCAACAGACCCUGUCCAUUGUUUCUGAAUCGACUGGCACACCAGAUUUUGUUCUGUAUUUCUGAAUUCUGUUACAUCGAGGGUUCACUGUUAAUAAAAGGCUCUUUGCUGAGAAUGUCCUUGAUCACUGUACCACUACUUAAAAUUAUGGAAGCUUGAUAUUUUAAUAGAAAACAAUAUAUGUAUAGUUUUAUUUAGUGUUUUGUAUAGUAUUUCUCAUUACAUUAAAUGCCCUAAAUGUGAUAAUUUUUGAAGAAAACAGAGUGGUUGUAUUGUAUUAUAACUGGUAUUCUUCAGCAAUUCUGUGUGCAUGCACAUAACAUGAAUGCAGUAGGCAUACAGAAUUGUUUCCCAGGUGAUUUCACCCAUCUUCAUGAUGGUCUUGUAAGUUAUUGUUACAUCUGCAAAUUGUAUUGCAUUUUUUAAUUAGAGAAAGUUUUUCAUGAUCUAUAUUACAAUCCCUUUCCUUGAUUUAUAUAUUUAAUCCAGCACUGAUUGCUCAGUAUAAGUGAGGAGCUGGGAAAUUAUCAUGGGUUUAUAUAGCAGAAUCGGUGAGAUGUGCUCUAUAUGUUAGGGAUAUUAUAUCUUGAAAAUUUACAUUGUUGCUUCUUUUGUUCACAGUUUAUUAUUGUUGAUCAAAACCUAAUGAUGCUCCUUGAGUAACUGUCUAUAGGAAUUUCCUUAAUUCUUAAAUUUAAAGUUGGAGUUAAUAAUGAAUUUAAAAACACUCCUGCACUUUGUUGUAAAUCAUAAAAAAAUAGUAUACAUUUCCACACAGAAAUGACAAUACACACACACUUCCUCACCAGGGCAUACAAAGUAUGUACCGGCUGAAAUGUAAACUUGAUCGAAUGACAUAAUAAGUACAGUAAUGUAUAUAUUUUCUUAAUUACAAUUCAAUAUACAUUGCUACUUUUGAAGAUAAUCAUCAGAUGAUACAAUAUGUGCUUUUUUUUUUUUUUUUUUUUUUUUUUUAUAUUUUUUUUUUAUCAUAUUUUACUGUACUGAGAAGAGCUGCUAUGAAAAAUCUUUGUCACUGGAGGAAGUGAAGUAUUACAAACCAACAAUUUUCUAAAAAAAAAAAAAAAAUAAUGGAAACAUACCAAGAGCUCUAUAUGGCUAAUAGUGCUGGCAGUUCAUAGAUGUAGUAGUAAGGCAUGG